CCCGUACCCACUGCACUGCACAUGACCUUUGUAGCUUUAUACAGUCCAGUAACCACUCAUCUGGACCGUGUGUGUGUAUUUUCUCUCCUACAAUGUCUUCAGAGGAGCAACAGUCUACAUCUGUUGAGUCUGAAGCGGUCCCAGAGAAAGAUGAGUCACCAGAAACCUCUAGUGACGAGUCUGAUUCCCCUGAAUCUCACCCCAAGUCCUCACCUCCCGGUCCCAGCUCUGUCACCGAUCCUACCCCAGGCCCAAGCUCACAGUCUGGUCUGAAAGCAAAGAAAGAAGAAAGGAUGAAGAGACUGAGAGAACUCCAUUUAAGAAGGAAUGAGGCUCGUAAGUUGAACCAUGUGGAGGUAGUAGAAGAGGACAAGAGAAACAAGUUGCCGGCCAACUGGGAGACUCGCAAGAAAAAAGUGGAGUGGGAGCUCGCAGAGGAGGAAGCAAAGAAGGAAGCUGAGUUGGCUGGUGAGGACUAUGACAGGGUCAAGUUGUUGGAUGUGUCCGCUGCUGACCUUGAGAGAAAAGAGAAGAAAUUGAGACGAAAGAAAAACCCUGAUCCUGGAUUUUCAGACUUUGCACAGCUGCAACAUCGUCAGUACGAGAGAGUAGUGAAGGAGAUAGAGCCAAACAUGUCCGACUAUGAGAAACAGAAAGCCAAGAUGGGGGCCGACUUCUACCCCACAGUGAACACACUGCUGCAUGGUGGGGACGGGGGUGCAUCAGAGGCUGGCAUGGACAGGAUGGUCGCUGAUCUGGAUAAGCAGAUUGAUAAGAGGGGAAAGUACAGGAGAAAGAGAGCCAACGCUGCGGAUGCGGAUGUGGACUACAUUAACGACAAGAACAUGAGGUUCAACAAGAAAGUGUCCCGGUUCUAUGACAAGUACACUACUGAGAUAAAGCAGAACUUGGAACGAGGAACUGCAAUUUAAAUACCGUUGGCUAUUGUACACAAAGCUUUCAUUCAGCACAAUCUCUUUGUUGACAAACAUCAUUAUGUUGUAUGGUAUCCGUAUGUUACAUGGAAUUGCAAUGGUAAAAACAGACGCACUGUAUUAUACUGUAUAGUUAUGAUUCUGAUUGUCUUAAGCAUUUUUUCUUUCUAUUUGGUCCAUCAGAAUGUUCCUCGUCUAUACAAACCAUCGCAUUUUUUGAAUGUUCCCCGACUGCAGUGCUUUGAAUACAAACACCGUUGUUUACAUUGAUAUCAC